AUGCGCUGGGGCAUUCUUUCUGAGGCUUCUCCCGCCCACGAAACCACCGAGGGGUGGAUUUGCAUGCGGGAGAUCAAGAGGUGCCAGCAAGAAUCGAGCGGCAUCAGCUAUGUGCUCAUCCUUGGCAACAAGUAUGGCUUCCGCCCCUUUCCCGCCAAGAUCCCUGAGGAGGAGUUCAAGCUGCUGAAGGACGAGAUGGCCAAGCAAGCCAAGCAAACUGCGUCCACUGUGACCUCAGCUGCACUCAACAAGGCCAUGGAGUACAUGGACGAGUGGUUCGUCCUCAACGAGAACGUCGUGCCGCCGACCCGCGAGCUCAAGCCCGUGAAGAAGGAGCACUCUGAUGCGUGGUGGUCCGACAUCUUCCCCACGUUGCAGACGUGUCUGCGCCAGGCGGCAACGGGAGCUCCUGGGCUGUCUGAUGAGCGACGCGCCCUGUACGUGCAGAGCGUGACGGCGGAGGAGAUUGACAACGGCCUGUUCAAGGUGCAGCCGAAAGAGGCGCGCGACAAGGCGUGCUUCGUCUUUGACCGGCGCCUGGAGGGCAUCGACGUUGCAUCGGACCCAGACACGGCCAAGCUGUUCAUCGACAUGACCAAUGGCGAGGUGGAUGAGGAGGCGCAGCAGCUGCUGGAGCGAUCGCGUGCGGAGGCGGUGCCGGCUGCGCUGUCACCAUCUCGAAUCAAGACCAUGUCCAUCCCAUGGGGACCAGGCAUCGACCUCGCUCGCGGCGCGCUGCUGGCCCUCGCUCGCGGCAUGUUCGGCAUCACCGUUGUCAGGGCUGACACGCUGGAGGCUAUGCAUCGAAUUCAAGCGCCUGCUAACCGAAUCAUGGCAGCGACACCUUCUGGCGACCUCCUCGCUUGCUCCGACUUGCAGCAGCCGUUUGUGGCCGUUUACAGCUUGGAGCAGGUCGAUGUGCAUGCCAAGGCCUUGACUGAUCGAGAGUAUCAACAACAGUCACUGAUUUCCGAGCCACAUGUGGCAAUGCUGGCUGCAGAUGGCGCAAGCGGGGCGGGUGAGACUUUACCUGCAUUUGCUGUUGGACGCGACGACCUUGGCUUUUACGACGCAGCGACGAUGGCGCUUGUACACACUGUUGCGCUCAAGGAGCACCGGGCGAGUGCCCUGAACGUCAAAGCCGUCAGUUCCGACGGGUGGUUCAUCAUUGUUUGGUCCAUGGCGCAGCCAUUUCUCGUUCUCGACGCUGUGCAACGCAAGAUGUACAAGGACGUCAUCACAUUCCGCGAGAUUAAGAAUACUGUGCUGUGCACAACGACCAGCGAUGAUGGUGGCGAUGGUGCGGCUGUUCUUGCCACGUGCGACGGCAACACAAUUGUCAAGUUGUGGAGAUUGCAGCAAGAAGAGCACCCUUACGCGAGUAUCAAGGUGCACAGCGGAUAUGCAUCUUCUGUGUCACUGGUGUGGUUGCCAAAGCAGCAGUUGCUGGCGUCUUGUGCGCAAGAACAGCAUCUCCUGUUGUGGAACCUGGCCGGUGAGCUUGUGCGAGCAACCAACCUCAAGCCUGCGUGGGCAUUUCUGAAGUAUGUUGUCGCUGAAGCUUAUGGUGGCUUGCAGUUUCUCGACGCAAGCACGCUUGAACCCGUGUUUCGCGCAUACGGGCAUGACUUUGGUCUGGAAAUCAAUACGCGGAACAAACGUGUGCGAAUGACGCCCGACGGGCGCUUCUUUGUUUCUUGGGCCAUGGACGAUGCCAUCCUCGUGCAUGACUUCUCGCAUCUGACGUUGUGA